CUGCGCUCCGCGAGCCUGGGCCGCAGCGGCGCCAAACACCGCGCGCCAGGCCGUGGAUACGGAGAGGAAGUGAGUGACGGACGCGAACCGACUGUACAUAGUCUAAAUUAUAUGACGGUAUUUUUCCGCUCCAGCGUUUUGUAUUUAUUUUUAAACUGAAGUUUUUGUCCAUACCUGUGAGAAAAGGUGUGUGUGGAUAAGAACCUGCUGGGAUACCCUUUCCGUUUAACCGAGGAGAAGAAGAAGAGAGAGAAACACCUGGCGCGUGGGGAGGAGGUCGGAAGUGGUUUCCAGCCCCGCAACAACAAGAAGGAAACACCAGUGCGAAACAACUGUGGGGAAAAAGGGGGAAAAAAAAAAAAAUUCGACAGGACGUGUACCUGCUUUAACAGGACACUAUUCAUGGAAAUAUUUGUGGGGAUAGUGUAAUGAAAACAGACGACUUGUCGUGACUAGUAUAUGGUUGGGUCCGAGUAGUGGGACAAGAUGUCAGUGAACGAGCUCUACACAAAGUACACGAGGGUGUGGAUUCCUGAUCCAGAGGAGGUGUGGAGGGCUGCAGAGAUCAUCAAAGAUUACAAGGAGGGGGAUCCCAUUCUGCACUUGAAACUUGAAGAUGAAUCGACAUUGGAGUAUCCCAUUGGCCAGAAAGACAAUCCACUACCUUUCCUGCGGAACCCUGACAUUCUGGUGGGAGAGAAUGACCUCACGGCACUCAGCUACCUGCAUGAGCCAGCUGUGCUCCACAACCUACGAGUUCGCUUUCUGGAGUCCAACCACAUCUAUACCUACUGCGGGAUUGUGCUGGUGGCCAUCAACCCAUAUGAACAGCUCCCUAUAUAUGGAGAAGAAGUCAUCAAUGCAUACAGCGGCCAAAACAUGGGUGACAUGGACCCCCAUAUUUUCGCAGUGGCUGAGGAGGCCUACAAGCAGAUGGCCAGAGACGAAAAGAACCAAUCUAUCAUUGUAAGUGGGGAAUCAGGAGCAGGAAAAACAGUGUCUGCAAAGUACGCCAUGCGGUAUUUUGCCACGGUUGGAGGGUCAGCCAACGACACUAGCGUGGAAGAGAAGGUUCUGGCAUCCAACCCCAUCAUGGAGGCCAUUGGGAAUGCCAAGACCACACGCAAUGACAACAGUAGCCGCUUUGGCAAAUACAUCCAGAUUGGUUUUGACCGGCAGUACCAUAUCAUAGGUGCCAACAUGCGGACUUACCUCCUAGAGAAGUCUAGGGUGGUCUUCCAGGCUGAGGAUGAGCGGAAUUAUCACAUCUUCUAUCAGCUGUGUGCCUCAGCCAGCCUUCAGGAGUUCAAGGAUUUGGCUCUGACCAGUGCAGAGGACUUCACCUAUACUUCCCUUGGUGAGAACAUCUUCAUUGAUGGUGUAAAUGAUGCAGAGGACUUUGAAAAGACUAGACAUGCCUUCACACUGCUUGGAGUAAAGGACAGCCACCAGGGGAGCAUCUACAAAAUUAUCGCUUCCAUCCUUCACCUGGGCAAUGUAGAAAUUCGCUCAGAACGGGAUGGGGAAUCUUGUCGCAUUUCUAAGGACAAUCCUUCCUUGCACCACUUUUGCCGGCUGCUGGGGGUUGAGCAGGAUCAGAUGGAGCACUGGCUGUGCCACAGGAAGCUGGUGACCACAGCGGAGACUUAUGUGAAGAGCAUGUCGCACGCACAGGCGACUAAUGCCCGGAACGCCUUAGCUAAACACAUCUAUGCUCAUCUGUUCGACUGGAUUGUACAGCACAUUAACAAGGCCCUCUUCACUACGACCAAGCAGCACUCCUUCAUUGGUGUGCUAGACAUCUAUGGGUUUGAAACGUUUGAAUUCAACAGUUUUGAGCAGUUCUGCAUUAACUAUGCCAAUGAGAAGCUUCAGCAGCAGUUCAACUCGCAUGUGUUUAAGCUGGAGCAGGAGGAGUAUAUGAAGGAGCAGAUUCCGUGGACACUUAUAGACUUCUAUGACAAUCAGCCCUGCAUUGACCUCAUUGAAGCCAAGCUUGGCAUCUUGGAUCUGCUGGAUGAGGAGUGCAAGGUGCCAAAAGGAACGGAUCAGAACUGGGCCCAGAAACUCUAUGAUCAUCAUUCAAGCAGCAAUCACUUCCAGAAACCCAGGAUGUCCAAUACCUCCUUCAUUGUUGUCCACUUUGCUGAUAAGGUGGAGUAUCAGUGCGAUGGGUUCCUGGAGAAAAACCGGGACACAGUCUAUGAAGAGCAAAUCAACAUCCUGAAGGCUAGUAAGUUCCAGCUAGUGGCAGAUCUCUUCCAAGAGGCCAAGGAGGGUUCCACUACCUCUGUCACCACCUCCAAGGGUUCCAAGAUUAAUGUGCGACCUGUAAAGCCUUCCCCCAAGCCCCCCAAUCGAGAGCACAGGAAAACAGUGGGCCACCAGUUCCGAAACUCACUGCAUCUACUGAUGGAAACGCUCAAUGCCACCACCCCACAUUAUGUGCGCUGUAUCAAGCCCAAUGAUGACAAGGAAGCUUUCUCGUUUGAUUCCAGAAGGGCUGUGCAGCAACUGCGAGCAUGUGGUGUACUGGAAACCAUCCGCAUCAGUGCAGCAGGGUACCCCUCCAGGUGGACCUACAUGGACUUCUUCAACAGGUACCGGGUCCUGAUGAAGAAGAAGGAAAUGGCCAGCGGGGACAAGAAGGUUAUCUGUAAAAACCUGCUGGAGACCCUGAUUAAGGACCCAGAUAAAUUCCAGUUUGGAAAGACAAAGAUCUUCUUCCGUGCUGGUCAGGUGGCAUAUUUAGAGAAGCUUCGCACUGACAAAUUCCGAGCUGCAUGCAUCAAAAUCCAGAAGACCGUACGAGGCUGGCUGCAGAGGAUACGAUACCAAAGGAUCCGCAAGGCUGCUGUCACAAUACAGAGAUAUGGAAGGGGUUACCUAGCACGCAGGUAUGUGGAGUAUCUGCGCCUUACUCGUGCUGCCCUCAUCUGUCAGAAGCAACUCCGUAUGGUGCGAGAACGUCGGGCCUAUCUGAGGAUCCACCGGGCCGUGGUCACCAUCCAGGCCUUCACCAGGGGCAUGCACACACGCAGGCUGUACCAAGAGUAUCUGCAGCACCACAAAGCCACAAUUAUUCAGAAGAGUGUCCGGGGCUGGAUGGAACGUAAGAAGUUCAGGAGAGCUAGAAAUGCAGCUGUGGUGAUCCAGUGUGCAUACCGGCGUCUGCUAGCAAAGCGGCAGCUGAAGCAGCUGAAAAUUGAGGCUCGCUCUGCAGAGCACCUGAAGAAACUCAAUGUUGGCAUGGAGAACAAGAUAGUCCAACUACAAAGGAAGAUGGAUGAUCAGAAUAAGGAGAACAGGAGCCUGAACGAGCAGCUGUCGACCACCAAUGCUUCUCUGGUCGCAGAGAUCAGCAAGCUGCAGAAGGAUUUGGACCUGAUGCGUAGUCGCCAGGGAGACAGCAACCAGCUGACCUCUCUGCAGACAGAACUGGAAAGGUUACAAGCAGAGGUCCAGGAAGCCCAUUCUGAAAAGAAGAGACUUGAAGAAGAAUAUAGGAGCGAGAAGCAAGAGCUGGAGCAGAGGGUACUGGAACUGGAGAAGGAAAACUCUGUACUGAAGGAGGAGAAAGAAGAGAUGAACCAGAGAAUCCUCCAAUCCAGAAAUAUGGAAGUCCAGGAAGGCAGUGUGUCACAAAGAGAGGCUGGCUUGCAGGCUGAACUGGAUGCAGAGAGACAACGCUACCAGAACCUUGUGAAGGAGUUCUCUAGACUGGAGCAAAGAUAUGACAAUCUGCAGGAGGAAGUAUCUUUAGCUAAGUUUCAUCCUGGUCACAGAAGGAACCCAUCCAACCAGAGCAGUUUGGAGUCCGAUUCUAAUUACCCCUCAAUCUCCACCUCAGAGGUUGGAGACACAGAAGACACCAUUCAGCAAGUAGAGGAGAUGGGUUUGGACAAAGCAGCCAUGGACAUUGGGGUGUUCAUGAAACUGCAAAAGCGUGUGAGGGAGCUGGAACAAGAGAGACGGAGGUUGCAGACAAACCUAGAGAAAAUGGAGGAGCUGGCCAAACGCAAGGGUACAGAGCAGAAGAACUCAACAUCGGAGCAGGAAAGUGCAGAUUUAGCAUACAACAGCCUGAAGAGGCAAGAGCUAGAGACUGAGAAUAAGAAGCUGAAGAAUGAACUCAAUGAGUUAAGGAAAGCUAUAGCUGAAAAUGCCACCAAGAAUAGUAACUCCCCAUCGAGUGAGGUCCAGGAUAGCUACAAUGUCCUGCUCAGUCAACUCAAAGCAGCCAAUGAGGAGCUGGAGGCCCGAAAAGAGGAGGUCCUCAUCCUCCGAACUCAGAUUGUUAGCUCUGCACAACAGAAUGUGGCAGCCAAUCAUUCUGAAGCUAAUCAUGCUCCAGAAUGGACCAACAGCAACAAGGAUAUGGACAAAGAUGAAGGACUGCAGGACUACCAAGGAUUGUGUGAGUCCAAGAGCCAGACACAGGACUGGGGUUAUUUAAAUGAAGAUGGAGAGCUGGGCUUGGCAUACCAGGGGUUAAAGCAAGUGGCCAGGCUACUAGAAGCCCAGCUGCAAACACAGACCCGGCAACACGAGGAUGAGCUGGAGGCCCUGCGCACGCAGAAUGAAAUGCUGCGUGAGGACCUGGAGCGCAAGCAAGAGCUUAUUAGCCACACAUUAUCACUUUCCCCUGAUGCCCAGGUGGAGUUCAGCAUCCAGCAGGAGCUCACACGCCUCACCAAUGAGAACCUGGAUUUGAAGGAGCUGGUAGAGAAGCUGGAAAAGAAUGAGAAGAAACUGAAAAAGCAGCUAAGGAUCUAUAUGAAGAAGGUUCAGGAGCUGGAAGCGUCACAGGCCAAAGCACAGCCCUCACGGGCAAGACCUGAACUGACUCGCCAAGUCACUGUUCAACGCAAAGAAAAGGACUUUGAGGGCAUGCUGGAGUACAACAAGGAGGAUGAACCCUUGCUUAUUAAGACCCUUAUCACAGACAUGAAACCACACAAUGUUUCAGCUACUGUACCCUGCCUGCCAGCCUACGUCUUGUUUAUGUGCAUCCGGCAUGCAGACUACAUCAAUGAUGAUCAGAAGGUGCACUCGUUGCUUACCUCCACCAUCAAUGCCAUCAAGAAAGUCCUCAAGAAACAUAACAAUGACUUUGAGAUGACGUCCUUUUGGCUAGCCAACACCAGUCGCCUGCUGCAUUGUCUAAAACAGUACAGUGGGGAUGAGGGCUUCAUGACUCACAACACCCCCAAGCAGAAUGAGCAUUGUCUGAAGAAUUUUGACCUAGCUGAGUACCGACAAGUGCUAAGUGACUUGUCUAUCCAGAUCUACCAGCAACUGAUCAAAGUAGCUGAGGACAUUAUGCAACCCAUGAUCGUGUCUGCCAUGUUGGAGAGCGAAAGUAUUCCCAGUCUGGCUGGUGUCAAGCCUAUGGGGUACCGCAAUCGCUCUUCCAGCAUGGACUGUGACGGAGAAGGACCUGGCGGCUACACACUGGUGGCACUGAUCCGGCAGCUGGGUCAGUUCCAUAGCACCAUGGCUGACCAUGGCUUGGACCCAGAGAUUGUCCAACAGGUGAUCCGACAGCUCUUCUACUGUAUCAACGCCAUCACCCUCAACAACCUUCUGCUGCGCAAAGAUGUUUGUUCCUGGAGCACCGGCUUGCAGCUCAGAUACAAUAUCAGCCAGUUGGAGGAGUGGCUGCGUGGGAAGAAUCUUCACCAAACUGCAACAGUGGGCACCAUGGAGCCGCUUAUUCAGGCUGCCCAGUUGCUGCAGGUUAAGAAAAAGACGUCACAGGAUGCAGAGGAGAUCUGCUCACUCUGCACAGCUCUUACCGCUCAGCAGAUUGUGAAAAUACUCAACCUGUAUACCCCACUCAAUGAAUUUGAGGAGAGGGUUACUGUGUCUUUCAUCAGAAAUAUCCAGGGUCGACUGCAGGAGCGGAAUGAUCCGCCAACUCUCCUGGUGGACACCAAACAUAUCUUUCCUGUCCUGUUCCCCUACACACCGUCUGCCCUCAGUUUGGAAAACCUGCACAUUCCUGCCUCCCUCAGUCUGGACUUCCUCACACGGGUCUGAGUACUGCAACAAGUUCAGCAGAAUUUUCUCUCUCCUGCUUGCCAAACUUAAGUGACACAGGUAUCUAAGCUUCACAGCUAAGCUCUCUGAAUAUUCACAAGCCUGGGAGCUCUGUGGAAUGGGUUAUUCCUAUGAAUUUUGUUUGAACAAAAAUCUCAAAACAUGGCUCCUGACACGUUUGCACAGUUUGGUUUCGGUGCGUUAGGUCCCCUUCAAAGAAGCAACAUUAACAAUUAUUUUUCCUAUGAUGGCUGCAGUGUCGUUAACAGGUGAAGGCUUUCAUCACUCUGAAAAACAAAAUUUAAUAAAUGUGUCAACUGAAGUAGUGCUAGUUCAUUUCAUAAUUAUUUACAGUUCAAAUGGAGACUGAUGGAUCCCUCCCUAUGCACCCAGUAAUAGUCAUAAUGUAGUAAAAACGGAACAUGAACAACAAUUGCAGGGGUGAAAAGGGAAGAAGCAAAGAAUUUUUAGGUGAAGAAGGUAAAGAGCAUGUGAAAAGAGAGAAUAAAGGGUUGGAAAUGUCUGAUCACUUGAAUGAGAGGCAGCAAGUGGUUGUUAGUGGCUAUUCUACUGCGAAAGGUGAAGAAGAGCAAGUUUACUAAGGGAGCACAUGUGAGUACUUUUGUCAAUCAAGUAUAUCAAAACAAAAUCCUUAUUUGCCAUAUUAAAAUCAUAAUUUUUAAAACAAGGGGCUAGGCCAGUGUUAUGGCUCUUUAUCGUGUGGUUCAUUUAAUUACACCGUGUAUUUAAGUGAAAACAAUGUAUUUGGUGAGAAGUAAAACCCUGAACCUGAAAUUUUCAUGUGAAGAAAUAAAUCUUUAUAGGAGUAAUGCACCUUUAAGUCACUGGAUUCCAUGAAGGCCCUGUUUUUUCUUAAGAUUCCUAAGAUGUAGUCACGGGAUGUAUGUAUAGGUGAGUUCUUCUGAGAAUGGGAUAUAAAGUCAUAGCUCCACCUAGUGUUUACACCUGUCUCAGAAACAUUCAUUUUGAAGAUUAAUAAAUAACAUUCUCUUAUUGGUGGAAUCUGUACAGUGAAAGUUUGUUUUUUUUUUUGGUUUAUUUUUAAUAUGGAGAAAUUUGGGGGGGUCUUAAAUUGCGUGUUUUUACUACUGUAUAUUUUUGUACAAUGUUCAGUGGCCUGUAACUCUAGUGAUAGAGGGGUUUGUGGAAACUUUCUUACACAUGUGCUGCCUCUUACUGCGACAUGGUACAAAAUCUGUGCACACUCUUUAAUAGCUGCACCUAACUUUAAACUGCAACCUACCACAUAUGAAUUUACUAUGGUUUUGCCAGAUCAAUAUAUAUCAGUCUUCAUUUUCUUAUGUCCCAUAAUCUUAUUUUUUUUCUAUUAUGUUUAACUUGGAAAUACAAGCUAAUUGUUUCCCAAAGGCACAAAUGAUGCACACCACCUACACACAGUGUGCUAGUGUCAUCUACAAUAAGCAUAAUGAGGUGGAAGAUCCAAGGCCAGUUCCACCGGGUACAAAAUUUAAAGGUUUGUAAAUGAAUGUGUUAUUUUACAAAUAAAUAUUUAAGAUUAAUAUUAGCAGAAAUAAAUUUUUGAAGACUGUUGUGAAGUUAUAAUAAUCUUGACAUCUGCUUUGGUGCAUCCUUGUCUCACAGGUGUUGACCUUUUAAUCAACUUGUUGCACAAAAGAAAAUAUACUUUCACGUUGUGAACAAACAUACACUAAAGAGUGCUGCCUUCAUGGCUCAUGUCUUACAAAGAAUAGAUAACUGCCAUUAAAAAAGAUUUUGACUA